UAUAAACCAAUGAUGGAGGAUAUUUCUACAUAAUUUCGGGUGCGUUCGGUGCAAGAUAUGGUGUUUGCUCUUUUUAACGUUUUCUAGUAAUGCUACCUUGUGUCUUUGGAUAUUGGUGUUGCAUUUGUCCACGGCGAUAGAUAUUGGGCCUCGGGGUUCUACAUUACUUAUGCAGGUACAAUUUUGGAAUGUUCGAACAUAUUUUAUAAUGACCUUUUGCUUUUUGGGCCCCGUACUUUUCACUCUAUACCUUGUUUCGUUGCUGUUUUACAAGUUUUGGCGACACCUUCCGCUUUUACCGUCGUUGCAUAUCAGUGUUUGGGGCAUGAAUCCUCUAGGAUGCGAGUAUAUUAUCCGCUUGCGGCCAGACGGCAAUAUGUUUCUGCCCCAAAUCUAUAUCCGCGGCUCGGAAAACACGGGCCAGGGCCAUACGGAGCGAAUUGGCUAUGAAUCCUCGGACUCACCGAUGUGUUCAACCCGACGAUUUGGUUACCACACAUUGUCCAGGCCAUUUUCUGCGGCAGAUUCUGGCUCUGCACGGGAGAGCAAACCCAAAUGGCUUCAAAGUUUCUCGGGUUACCACAGUUACAAUCCGACCUCGGGCCGCCGGAUCCAGCACCAAGUGCAGAUGUACACCAAAUUCAGCGACGUAGUAUGCAAGCUUCUAUGUCCUUGCUUUGGCAAUGACUGGCUGGAUAUCACAACCCGGUCAGUUCAGAAUGACAAAUUAGCAAGCAAAGGUUGACGUACGACUAUGUACGUCUCUUUCCUCUUGCAGUAUCACGUUCUAUUAAGAAUGGGGCUUGAACUCACGCAUCCCUGCGUUUUGCCUAGUUUCCGCUUCCGGAAGCGCGGUUUCGUCGCAGUCAACAUUGCCUUAUGCGGCCCUUUCUGCAAGCCUGAAUUGGUCUGUGCUGCCUUAUUUGUCUCGCUCUUUUCGUAUACUCUUUAUUUUAAUCGAUUACUCAUGAGCGCUUUAAAUUUAUGACCUCGUGACUAGUAUGCAUUCCUCAACAAUGAAAGACAGGUUUGCCCGUCCCCCACAUUCCUGGGGUUGCAUCCCGCCAAUGGAUGCUUUCUGCACUUCCU